GUGCGUUCAUACGAGAGCUUGAGCUGAUAAGAUCGGGGAGGAUUCGACAAUGUAUCUGUAUGCUUUUCAAACAUGGCACAAGAACUCGAUCAAUCGGCCCAAGCGUCCUACGAAUGGCAAAAUACACCACUUCGGCUUCACAAGGAGGAGCCGUAUCCCAACAUCACUGCAGUCUCCGGUGAUGCAAACUCAGCUGGAAGUGAUGGCGGGCGAUCGACUCAUGUACCGAUGCGCAUGAAGCUGAUUGCCGUUUUGAUAGUAUCUUUGAUCGGGUUUGGCUCACAUUGGUCAUCUGGGGUGACGGGAGCCAUGAAAUCGACUCUCAAAAAGGAGCUACAAAUUGACAACACUCAAUACUCACUGCUGGAAGCCUCGGAAGACUUCAUGAAGACAGCACUAAUCCUGUUCAUGGGGAUACUGACUGACCGCUUCGGAGGUGCUGGCAUCAUGGUUUGGGGCAAUAUCAUCUACAGCAUUGGAUCGAUCAUUAUCGCUGCAGCCACUACAGUCCGCAGCUACAGAUUGAUGGUCGGCGGGAUGAUCGUUCAGGCGCUGGGAGAUAUCUCAACCCAAGUCGCUCAAUACCGAAUCUUUAGUUCGUGGUUCGCGCCAUCGGAUGGCUUCGCCUCGACGCUCGGCCUGGAAUUGGCAAUUGGCAAACUGGGCUCCUUCGUUGGCACGGCUACAGCAAAUCCCAUCGCCAAAAACACUGGUAACUUCUGCUGGGUGUACUGGACUGCUGUGUUCAUGAACCUACUCACAAACGCUUUCACCAUAUUGUUUUGGUUCUUCCGGAAAUACUGUGAUAUAACAUACAGCGAUGGUAUUAAUGAUCCUGCAACGGGCGAGGAGCUGAGAGAGAAGACAAAGAAGUUCGAGUGGAGAAAAGCGCUGCAGCUUCCGAUGGCUUUCUGGGGGUUCAUCUGCUUUACUGCAUUCCAGACAUCCAUGGCUGUGGUAUUCUCGCAAAACGCUACCGAACUCGCGGAGCAGCGCUUUGAUGUCGAUGGCACAAAAGCAGGAUGGUACACUGCAUCCGCAAGGUAUCUGGGAUUUUUCUUGGUCCCUCUUCUCGGCCUCUUCAUCGACUGGUAUGGACAUCGCCUUACAGUCAUUCUUGUCUGUGGGCUCUUGUGCUUCCUCGCCAUGUGCCUUGCAGCAUUUGGACCUACGGUUGCGGGAACUGCUGCCGCUUUCGGGAUCUACGCCUUUGGGUUCACGCUGGGUCCGACCGCUAUCAUCGAUGGCAUUCGGACAGCAAUCUGGUAUCAGGACACUUUCGGCUCGGCUUACGCUAUCAAGAUUGCAGUGAACAACAGCAUGAGCAUCAUCAUACGCAUCAUGACUGGUGUUAUCCAAGAUCAAGAUAACAACUCUUACAAUCAUGUUGUUAUUGUAUACGUAAUCUUGGCUGCAGGUGCUGUGGUCGUGGGACUGGCGCUUUUCAUCUGGAGCUUUAUCACUGACGAUUUGCGGCGACUGCAGUGGUCCAGAAAGAAGAGGCAGCAGAAUGGAGACCUCAUCAACGCCCAGCGUGAGGCAUAUGAAAUUGGGACGAAGGCCGGCUUGAAUACACGAGUAGGCGUAGCUUUCUCCAUCAUGCUUAUCGCAUUAAUCUUGGGUGGUUGGGCCAGCUAUUUCUGGGGCGUAGCGACAGACAAUAACUUGUAGCACGCGGCUCAGAGGGAUCUAAGCAGCUUUCAAUCAUGUCUCAAAUAGCUCAAUCGUUUCUCCUAGAGAUGGAUCGAGCACCCUCGAGGAAGUCUGCUCUUCCAACAUCGUUGUCGCCGGCUGCACAUUCACAGUCCACGGCUUGAUCGGAGCAUCGUCAUGCAGGCACCAAAUCACCUUCCCCGGC